UAAGUGAUUUGUCCAACGAAGCCGAAAGCACUUUAGAUUUUCCAAAGAUGUACAAACGACUCAGAAUACAGGGAAUCAAAGCUUUAAAGGAUUUUGCAGAUUACACUAAUAUGAAAAAGAAAGCCUCAAGGGCGUGCUCGACCCACAAAGACGAGCCGCACAAUAAUCCUGGACUUGGGUCUCCCAGUGACACAACCCGAACAUUUGUCUUACCGAGUGACUAUUUUACUCGAAAUGGCCAAAUUCUGCAGCCGUGUAAGUUUCCAGGGAAAGUUCACAUCGUCCAAAAUGAGGUAGACGAACGGCGACUGGUGGAGAAUGGUGAAGUCUGUCAAGAUUUCCAGAAUCAAGACGCUCUCGGACUAGAUACAGAGUCUGUGCAACGUCUGAACGCUUUGCCAAGGAUCACUUUGAUUCAGUUGGCCUCAAAGAAAAAUGCCGUUUUAUGGAUAUGUAAUCAGGGAAGCUUUCGCGAAAAACUUCCGCCAUAUUUGUUAUCCCUUUUUCGUGGAGACGCGUUGAAGGUAAGGUUUGAUGUGUAUUUGAAGAUAUCUGCAGCACAAAGUUCCUACAGACUUGAACAAAAAGUGGGGCAUGCCAUCUCUCUUGAUGCAAGCUUGAUUCAGAGUCAAUAUGGAGAGUGCAUAAACAAUAUGGUAGACACCCUAAUCUGGGCCCGUGAAAUGAACUGCUACCCAUUGAGCUUAAGAGCUAUGUGUGCUAUUUUCUUUGAUGAGCUGCUAUCUAAACAAGUUGGAAGGUCUGACUGGUCACAGACAAAAUUAACUGAAAGGCAAUUAUUCUAUGCUGCCACAGAUGCUUGGAUAUCACUCAGAGUAUAUAAAGAAAUGAAGAGGACAGCUAAAGUAAACAGACUGCCCCUUUCUCCACCUCUUGAGUCAACUAUGGAUGUGUUCAAGACAAUGCAAUUAGCUAAGUCUGAACGAAAGAAGAGAAGAUUGAUAAGAGAGAGACAGAAGAAGGAAAAACAGGCCAGCCAAAGUAAAGAGAUUGCCCCUUUCUCCACCUCUUGAGUCAACUAUGGAUGUGUUCAAUCAAUUCAGUUAACUAAGUCUGAAUGAAGGAAGAGAAAAUUGAUAAGAGAGAGACAGCAGAAGAAAGUAGAUGAAAGAGGGCUUUGAGUGACAGCUCAGAGAAUUGAUAUGGUGAUUCGAAAAGAAUCCAACCAAGUUUUUUCUCAUCUCUUGGAUACAACUUUUCAAAAGUUCUUUCCAUUAUGGUACAAGUAACAAAACUUAAAAAUUCUCUAUUAAAGUAUUGUUUAUUG